AAUGCUAAAGAAUAUGACGAGAAAGCACGUGCCAUCGCGAUAGAUAUUGACAACAGAAGAAGCAAAGGUACAGCAUACUUAAAACUUGGAAGGGUGUACUACAGUCUUAAUAAAAAUCGGCAAGCUAAAGAACAUUUGGACAAAGCAGUCGGCAUCAGUAUUGCAAUUGGUGACAGAGAACUGGAAGCACUGGCUAUUGCAGAUUUGGCAAGGCUCUCUAAUUCUGUAAAUGACAUUCAGAAGGCAAAAGAACUUUGUGAGAAGGUACUUACAAUCAGCAGGGAAUGUGGCGAUAGAAAGUACGUAGCACAACUAUACCUACAAGUUGGAAGUCUAUCCCAAUCGUUUUUUGAAUAUGAUAAGGCAGAAUAUUAUUUACAGAAAGCUCGUUCCAUAAGCAGCGAAAUUGGACACAAAAUGGUUGAGUUUCAAAGUCUUCUCCUUAUUUCAAUGUUAAAGAUAUCGCAGUUCGAGGAUGUGGAGGCAAUGGAAUAUCUUCUCCAAGGUAUUGAAAAAUAUGAACAAAUCAGAACUCUCCAGAAAGGAAACAGUGGAUUUGAAAUUUCUCUGUUAGAGAAACACGGCACUUUUCCCUACAAGUUGCUCACUCACCUCCUUUGCCGUACUGGAAACUUUCGAAAUGCUCUGUAUGUUGAGGAGCUGGGACGAGCAAGAGUCCUCGCAGAACUCAUGGCAGACAAGUACUCCGCUGAAAGCCACAUCUCAGCUGAUCCACGAUCAUGGUUCGGGAUUGAAGACAUCGCGAGAAGAGAAAGUAACUGUGUUUUUUUGUACAUUUCGUAUGAAGAUCGGCAAGUUCUUCUCUGGGUGUUGAAAGCAAAUGGAGACAUUUUCUUUCGAAGAACAGACCAAGUGAAAAUAGACACUCUUAUUGCUGCGCAAGUUUGCGAAGUGGAGGGAGUUUUCAAAAAGAGCGCCGAAUGCUUUGGUGUUUUACCCGAAGGGAACUGCGAAGACCGAUCGCUGAAUGACAACUUGACGACAUCUCUUCAUGAAGAGAGCCAAGCAAAUUUGCGAGGUGACGAAACCAAAGAUACCGGAAGAAGUCAUCAUUUGUGCUACGAAUGGAUCGUCGCACCUGUGGUAGAUUUACUCACAGAGCCUGAAAUCAUUAUUGUACCGGAUCGUUUUUUGUAUCGAGUCCCAUUUGCUGCCUUGCGUGAUGAACAAGCCGGCAAGUAUUUAUCGGAGAAGUACAGAAUACGCAUCAUCCCUUCACUGACAACUCUCCGGCUCAUUCAACAAUGUCCAGCAGACUAUCACAGUCAAACUGGCGGACUGGUUGUGGGUGAUCCUACGGUUGGCAAAGUGCAAUAUAAUGGACUUCUUAUUGACAUUACACCAUUGUUUUAUGCAAGUAAGGAAGCAGAGAUGGUUGGUCAACUGCUGGGUGUUCAGCCUAUAUUGGGAAGUCGCGCAACAAAGCAGGCGGUUCUUCAAGCAAUACCUUCAGUGAGUCUGAUACAUCUUGCCGCACAUGGAAAUCCCGAAAGAGGAGAGAUUGCCCUCUCUCCUCAAUGUACUAUUAACAGUACUCCACAGGAGGAAGACUACCUCCUGAAAAUGUCCGACAUUGAAGGAGUUCAAGUGCGAGCUAAACUGGUUGUACUCAGCUGUUGUCACAGUGGGCGUGGAUUGAUUAAAAAAGAAGGAGUUAUUGGAAUCGCUCGAGCAUUCCUAGCAUCUGGUGCGCGUUCAGUGUUGGUAGCAUUGUGGGCUAUAGAAGACAAAGCAACGGCGAAGCUCAUGAAACAUUUCUAUAAACACCUUGUGCGUGGAGAAAGUGCCAGUGAAUCUCUUCACCAGGCCGUUCAAUGGUUGAGAAGUAAUGGCUUUUCCAAACCUUCCCAAUGGGCUCCGUUUGUGUUGAUGGGGGAUAACGUGACAUUUGAUUUUAUGAAAAAAGGGAAAGAAGGACUCGAGGAGGACAACAACGAGGCGGAGAAGAAACAGAUUAAAAGAAGAAACAGUGGAAUGGACAAACAGAAAAAUCAUAGGCAUGCAAUGCAUGCAAGAGUGAUUUUUUUGGCUGGAGUGAUGGAAGCUAGUGAGUUAGAACGCUGUUUGACAGUGGAAAACCUCAAUUCCAAUGGUGUGGUCACGAAACGGUGA